GAGUACCCGGCGGAAGGCAGGGAGGCCCGGGAAUCCCAGAGGGGUGGGAGCGGAGCUGAGGCGUCCGCCGGGAGCUUGGUUCCCUACCGCGGGAAUCUGCGCGACUGCUUUUGCUCUUCAAGCCCAGGGCCGAGAUGCUUGUUAACGUCGCUCUUCGCUUCUACACUGGGAGGCCUUGCUGUUCCGAUUCGUGUCGCCCUGAGAUGCUGGGCCUUGUAGGCCACUUCUCAAAUCAGCGACUUUGAUUUGCAGCCUUCACUCACAGCCUCAGGAUGGCCCACAAAAUGGAAUCAAUGGCAAAGAAGAUGUUUAAAGGAAUUUUAGUAGCUGAAUUGAUGGGCGUUUUUGGAGCUUACUUUUUGUUUAAUAAGAUGAAUACAAGUCAAGAUUUCAGGCAAACAAUGAGCAAGAAAUUUCCCUUCAUCUUGGAAGUUUACUAUAAAGCCAUCGAACAGUCUGGAAUGUAUGAAAUCAGAAGGCAAGAUCAAGAGAAAUGGAUGAAUAGCAAAAAUUAAGACCAGUCAUCACGUUCAGCCUCCCAUCUGAGCUGUUUGAGACCUUUGAGAGGAGAAGAAAGAUGAAUUUAAUCCCAAUAUAGACUCUGAACUACCACAGAACAUCCUACCAAGUAACAGGAACUUCAGGUCUGCUUUGGCCUGUGGCUUCCCACCCACUAUGCAAACCCACUCCUUGUUCGUUGCUCUUCUGUUUUUAUUGUCAAAGAUUAAUAUUUUACAAAUAAAUGACUAAGGAAGGAAAAGG